CCAAUCGCCGCCGAUCUCCCCAAAUCGCCGGCGUCGAAUCAAUCAACCCCCUCCCCUCCAAUCUAGAAUCAGCAGAGCAGCCGCCGGCCGGCCAGGAUGGAAGGGCUCAACAACGUCGACGACGAUGUCUUCCAGCAUUACCGCCUGAACCCUACAGAUGUGGAGGCCGUCACCUACUACCUCCCACGCCUCCUCGCCGGCGAGACGCUGCAUUGCGCCGAGAAGCUCAUCCACCGCGCCGACGUCUACGACUGCGAGCCCAAGGAUCUCGCCGCCCUCUACGCGCCCGUGCCGCAGGCGGUGAGCAGCGGCGACCGCUUCUUCUUCACCCCGUGCAAGCGCAAGAAGGGAAGGACAACGCGCUGCGCGCGCACAGCCGGCGGCGGGACCUGGACCGUCAACACGACCACGGUCAUCAGGCACGCCGGCGUCGAGGUCGGCGAGAGGAAGAACCUGUCGUUCAAGAGGAAGGGCAAGUCCACCGGCUGGGUCAUGGAGGAAUACCGACUCCUGCCGCCGAAGGCCGUCGUCGCCGACGAGGAGAAGGUCUUCUGCAAGAUUCACUUGUCCCAGCACCCUCCCGACGAAGCCCGCCGUGAAUCGGCCGCGUAUAAGCUUCAACAACGACCGGAGCCGGCGCCGCAACCCGCGCCGCAACCAGAGCACGUAGGAAAGAGGCCAGCGCCGGCUGCCGCGGCCGAUCCACAUCCGCCGCGCCCCAUGAAGAGGAUGCGGGCUGCCGUUCCCGCCCAGGCAACCGCCACACCGUCGUUCGCCGCUGCAGCACCGGUUUCCUUGCCGCUGCAGCCUGAACCCAUACCUGAAGCUGAUGACGACAUGUUUUCUUGCUCAAUGGAAGAGCUUCUCGGGGACGUGCAAGUGGAGGAAACUCUCCCGGUCGAAGCUAGAAACGACAUCCAACAGAAUUUCUACUCUGAACCAGAAGAGAUGGAAAAGCUUUUCGCUGAUGCUGAAGAAGAAAUCAUGGGGACUUUCAAUGCCGAGGCUGAUCUUCACGCUCCAGUUGAAGCAGGGUGUCAGGCCGAAGAGGAGCUCGACAUCCAGACGCUUUGGGCACUCUAUAAGACUAUAACUAUAAUGGAUGAAGCGACAGCAGAGCAGGAGCGGCCGGCCGUCUCGACGAACGACAAGUCUUCCAUGGUCCAAGACAAUUCGCCGCCCAUCUCCUUCCAUCCAUCUGAAGCAGAGUGGCACGCCGACGAAGCACUUGAGAAAGACAACGCCGCGUCGGACCUUCAAGCUCCAUCGCUUCAGGGGCACGACGACCACUUGUUCAACUCGCGGCCGAGCUGCUUCGAUCCAUUUGAAGCAGCGUGGCGGGCCGAAGAGGCGCUCGAGAACGAGAAUGCCGCGGCCAAUCUUCAGGCUCGACCGCUUCGGGGACACGACGACUUCUUCUCGUCUUCAACUGUAUACUGAAUCUGAUGUUGAAAUUCUUAUCAAAAUGUAUAUGAGGAUACUCAUUCGCUGGUACAAUUACGAUCUCCACGGAUGUAGUACCUCUGAGCAAUUUGCUCCACUUGUUCAUGUAAGCUACGACAGUUGUUGUUCUUGCCCCUGUUAUCGAUGUUGUGAACUUCCUGUUUGCUGUUUUGUAAUCUGUAGUCAGUACCUCUGAGAUAUUUAUUCCACUUGUCGAUGCUGAA